UAGCACGAUGGUCGGAGGACCCCCUUCCUCCUCCCAUGGAUUGGGCAACGGGAGGCCCACCGUCCCAUCUACACAGGAGACGGGGAGCCAACCCCAUGCGAUCAACUUGAAUAAUAAUGUGUUGAACCCUCCUGCUGCUGCUGCUGAUCAAAAUAGUAGCUCCAUGCUGGAAGUCGGUGGCUACUUCAACACCGAUUUGCUUCCACCAGCUACCUUGAACAAUUACAUCCUCUUGGAUUCCUCAUCCAGGGACGCUGAGAGUGGAAAAUCUCCGGGAACACACAAGUGCCGAUGUGAAAUAUGUCACUUCCAUCCUCGCAAAACAUGCCUCAAUCCUCUCUGCGGAACAAAUAACACUCCUAUGUGGCGCGGAGGUCCCCUCGGACCCAGGACUUUAUGUAAUGCUUGCGGCAUAAGGUAUAAGAGAGAAAAGGUUCGACGGAGGGCUUGAGAAGAAGCUGGUAAAGGGUCGAAGAAGCGGAGUAGCUGUUCUAUAAAAAGGGCCUUUUGUUUUCGUAUAUUCUAUGUAAUAAAAGCCUCACGGCUCUUUUUAUUUUCCAAAGCGCAUGGUAGAACUAAUAUUAAUAAAUAUAUGAUCAGUGAUUUCUACC